AUGAUUAGAAUAGUUAGCAGGAGUUUGAAGGGGGUAGUGGUAGAAUCAAGGCAGUUUCAUGUUAAAAGAUGUCAGUCUUCAUUUACUUUUGUGAACAAUCAAUCUUUGAUAACAAAACAGCAAUUGAAACAGUCCAAGAAACAAGCAAACAAGAAGGAAACAUCUGGAGAAACGCGUAAGGAAGGCGGUGAGAAGUGUAUUUCCUCCGACUCAAAGAAAGAGAAGGUUAAUAGGAGUGGUAAACAGAAACGAGACUAUUCUUGGUUUCCUGUAGCACCUAAAACUGAGCAUUUGAAAGAAGGGGAUAUUGCGGUGGAUUUAUUGUACUCCGGGUAUAGGCCGUUGUCUCUAAGGCGAGCGGAUCCAAAGGAAGCACAGAGUAAGAUAUAUGAGUUAGCGAUGCGGUUAGAGGCGGUUGAGGAUCCGUUGCCUUGGGUUAAGAAUGCUACUGGACGGGUUUUGUACGAUGAGUGGGAUAAUGUGCCUCAGUCUGUGAUCCGAAACUUGAGGCCAUAUGUGCCUCCUAAGGUGGAGACUAAGGAAAAGACAGAUAAUGAUGAACUGAUCUACAAGAAAAAGAAGGAACUAUUGCAGCAGGCAGAACAAAAAUACCUGAAUAGAUCUAGAGGGAGACGGAGGCCGGUGGUGGGAUUAUUGCAUUUAAGGAGGAAACUUGAAGGCUAG